AUGCCUGCCGCUUGUUCAUCAGAUGGCCAUCUAGUGAACGUUUUGGAGCGUCCACAAGCGUGUGGAUGUACUACGAGUGAGUGCGAUGGCCUCACUUGUGGUACGGUCGUUAGUACGACUGCACAAAACCUUAGUGUAACAAACGGUUACACUUCGGAGCAAAGUUCCGGCGGCUGUGAGGAAACACAGGCUGCGCCGAAGGUCCACCACUCGAAUAAGUCGGGUGGACUGGGACAAAGAUGUAUCCCUAGCGGGGAACAUCUAGAAGAGAAACAAUCGAUCGCUCAGGUUAAGCGAAACGAUAAUCCUAGAUCGACUGGAGAGUCUUUCGUAGAGGAUCUUGCUGUGGUUGCGCAACCCCAGCUAGAGGAAGUAAAGGGAAUAAGUCCCGAUAUUACAAAUACGGCGGAAAUGAGCUCCUUGAAACCCGCGGGAAUAAGUCCCCGGGAAGACGAAGGAAUAAGUCCUUCGAAGCCUGAGGGAAUAAGUCCCCAGGAAAUGACAGAGACAUUGAAUGUUAUAGUCAAUAACGGAUCAAGUGUAGGCGCUUAUACACUUGAUCUGAUUGCGCCUCCGAAGUUAACUUCGGAGAUCACUCAGUUGCCAACGCUCGAACAUAAAAGGUUCUUGCGUGAUCUGCGUAGUGGCAAAGUCAAGCAGAUCUGCGUACUCGUCGCUGACGACGAGUGUGUAACCGACAUAAGGUCAGCAACAUUGUUCACUGAGAACGAGAGAGUUCUCAGUAGUUCAUCUAUGGACGAGAGUGUCCUAGAUGAAAAGACACGAAUUGAGCGAUAUGACUCCCAAUCAUGGGAAUCGCUCAAGACAAAUCCUCUCUAUGAAGAUUUGGUUGAAUUCAAGGAUGUAUUCCCUGAAACUGUUCCGUGCGAAUUACCGAAGGAUAAAGGUAUUCGACACAAGGUCGAGCUUAAACCAAGCUCGAAGUACUGUGUCAUGAAGCAGUGGCCACUGCCUCGUGAACAGGUCACAGCGAUCGACAAGUUCUUUGCCGAUCGUUUAGCUGCGGGCCAUGUGAGGUAA